AUGGCAGAUUUGAGGACAUGGGUUUCAGAUAAACUGAUGUCUCUUUUGGGGUAUUCUCAACCAACCGUUGUUCAAUAUGUGAUAACACUAUCUAAAAAAGCUUCAUCGCCUUCUGAGAUUGUCAAUCAACUGAUAGAUCUGGGAAUCUCAUCUUCGGAUCAAACACGUAUGUUUGCCCAAGAAAUUUUCACUAGAGUUGAGCAUAAGACUUCCGGACCAAAUCUAUAUCAACGACAAGAAAGGGAAGCGACGAUGCUGGUGCGAAAGCAGAAGACUUACACACUUUUGGAGGACGAUGAUGACAAUGAAGAUACUGUGUCAGUGGCUUCCCAGCCAAAAAAUGAGGACUCUCGUAAUAAAAAGUUUAGGAAGAGGAGUGAAACUCAGAAUGACUCAGAUAACGAGGUAGUAGGAAACGGUGAAGAAGAAAGGCGAGUAAAAAGACGAACUUCUGAGGAUGAAGAUGAUGCAUCUGAGUCAGAGGAAGAAAUACUGCGUGACCAGAGAGAAAAGGAGGAGUUAGAGAAGAACAUCAGACAACGUGAUGCAGCUGGGACCAAGAAGUUGAUUGAGCCGAAGUUAACUAAGAAUCAGGAAGAGGAGGCAAUCCGGAGAUCUAAUGCUUUGGAGGAAGAUGAUAUGGAAACUUUAAGGAAAGUUUCAAGGCAAGAGUAUUUGAAGAAGAGGGAGCAAAAGAAAUUAGAGGAACUCAGAGAUGAUAUUGAAGACGAGCAAUACUUAUUUGACGGCGUGAAGCUUACUGAAGCUGAAUAUCGUGAGCUAAGUUACAAGAAAGAGAUAUAUGAGCUUGUCAAGAAGCGGACAGAAGAGUCUGAUUAUACAAAUGAGUAUAGGAUGCCUGAAGCUUAUGAUGUAGAAGGCGGCAUUAAUCAAGAGAAGAGAUUCGCAGUGGCAAUGCAGCGUUAUAGGGAUACAAGUGCAGGGGACAAGAUGAAUCCAUUUGCAGAACAAGAAGCAUGGGAAGAUCAUCAGAUUGGAAAAGCAACUCUUAAUUAUGGGUCUAAAGAUAGGAAGCUGAAGUCUGAUGAUUAUCAGUUUGUGUUUGAAGACCAAAUAGAGUUCAUAAAGGCAGCAGUUAUGGAUGGUGUUAAUGUUGACCAAGAGUCAUCUAUUGCGUCACCAGACUCAUCAUCUGCCAAAACAGCAUUUGAAAAACUUCAGCAAGACAGAAAAACCCUACCAAUUUUUCCCUAUAGGGAUCAGUUGCUGCAAGCUAUUCAUGAUCAUCAGGUUCUUGUUAUUGUUGGAGAGACGGGUUCUGGAAAGACUACUCAGAUACCUCAGUACCUUCACGAGGCAGGGUACACUAAUCGUGGAAAGAUUGGUUGUACCCAGCCACGUCGCGUAGCUGCUAUGAGCGUUGCUGCUCGAGUUUCUCAGGAAAUGGGUGUUAAACUUGGACAUGAGGUUGGCUACUCCAUUCGUUUUGAAGACUGCACUUCUGAAAAAACAGUUUUGAAAUAUAUGACAGAUGGAAUGUUAUUGAGGGAAUUUCUUGGUGAACCAGAUCUUGCAAGUUACAGUGUAGUGAUGGUGGAUGAGGCCCAUGAACGGACACUUUCAACAGACAUUUUAUUUGGAUUGGUUAAGGAUAUUUCUCGGUUCCGUCCUGACCUCAAAUUGCUCAUUUCAAGUGCCACCCUUGACGCGGAGAAGUUCAGCGAUUAUUUUGAUUCUGCUCCUAUUUUUAAAAUACCUGGAAGGCGUUUUCCUGUUGAAAUACAUUAUACUAAGGCACCAGAAGCUGAUUACUUGGAUGCUGCAAUUGUUACUGCUCUGCAGAUCCAUGUAACACAGCCCCCGGGUGAUGGGGAUAUAUUAGUCUUCUUAACUGGGCAAGAGGAGAUUGAAACUGCCGAGGAGAGUCUUAAGCAUAGGACUAGAGGAUUUGGCACCAAAAUAGCAGAGCUCAUCAUAUGUCCGAUUUAUGCAAAUUUACCAACAGAGCUGCAGUCAAAAAUAUUUGAACCCACUCCUGAAGGGGCACGUAAAGUUGUCCUAGCUACAAAUAUUGCUGAAACAUCAUUGACAAUAGACGGGAUCAAGUACGUCAUUGAUCCAGGGUUUUGUAAGAUGAAGUCUUAUAAUCCUAGGACGGGAAUGGAAUCGUUGUUAGUUGCUCCAAUCUCAAAGGCAUCAGCUAAUCAGCGAGCAGGUCGAUCUGGGAGAACAGGUCCUGGGAAGUGCUUCCGGUUGUUCACUGUAUAUAAUUACUAUAAUGAUUUGGAUGACAAUACUGUCCCAGAAAUACAGAGAACCAACUUAGGUAAUGUUGUCCUCACUCUCAAGAGCCUUGGCAUUAAUGAUCUGCUGAACUUUGACUUUAUGGAUCCCCCUCCAUCUGAAGAUUUACUGAAGGCUCUGGAAAUGCUGUAUGCUCUGAGUGCACUUAACAAGAAUGGUGAGUUGACAAAAGUGGGUAGAAGGAUGGCAGAAUUUCCCCUUGAUCCCAUGCUCUCCAAGAUGAUUGUGGCUUCUGACAAAUACAAGUGCUCUGAUGAGAUCAUAUCUAUAGCAGCCAUGCUAUCUGUUGGAAAUUCUAUCUUCUAUCGGCCUAAGGACAAGCAAGUGCAUGCUGACAAUGCCCGCUUGAAUUUUCACAUGGGAAAUGUUGGAGAUCAUAUCGCAUUGCUCAAGGUUUAUAGCUCUUGGAAGGAAACCAACUUUUCAACUCAAUGGUGUUAUGAGAAUUAUAUCCAAGUCAGGAGCAUGAAGAGAGCUAGAGAUAUACGGGAUCAACUGGAGGGGCUGCUGGAGAGAGUUGAAAUUGAGUUGACGUCAAACACCAAUGAUCUCGAUGCAAUAAAGAAAGCCAUAACAUCAGGGUUUUUUCCCCACUCAGCAAGGCUGCAAAAGAGUGGAUCAUAUAAGACUGUUAAACACCCCCAGACUGUUCACAUCCACCCCAGCUCUGGUUUAGCACAGGUUCUCCCAAGAUGGCUUGUCUACCACGAAUUGGUUUUAACGACCAAGGAGUACAUGCGACAGGUGACAGAACUAAAACCAGAUUGGCUGGUGGAAAUAGCUCCCCAUUAUUAUCAGUUGAAGGAUGUGGAAGAUCUGGCAUCGAAGAAAAUGCCCCGUGGAGAGGGUCGGGCAACCAAGGAUUGA